CUGUUCACGGUUAGUAAGGGCAGGUAAUAGGUGCUUCAGGGUGAUCGCGCGGUGUUAGAGGGUUAAAGCCCAUCUUUUAAGACUCAAGUGAAUGGGGGGGGGCACUUUAGUGGCAGUGGUUAAGCACAGUUUCUGUGCGUUAUGCAGUGCUAAACAAUCUCCUGAUUCCCUCUCAUAAAGGCUUAAAUCCUUUAUCACCUGUGCUCUUUAUUCAUUAAAAGGCUAAUCUUUAAUUAUUGUGUUGGCAUUAAUCUUCCUCCUUGUCUUCCUCCUCUGCAGCCAACUGUGUUAUUCCUCAGACAGGCAGCUCUCUUUAGACCUGGUCAAUGUUGGUCGCCAGCGCCUGGACUUCCUGCCCAUGCUGGAGCACUCCGGCACAUACCGGGAGACUGCCAUGCACACCGGGACGUUUGCCCAGGAGAUCAUCACACUCGUGCACCUCGUCAAAGAGCAGUAUUUCAGAGGUGAUGGAGUCACCCUGAAUGAACGCUUCUCAGCUCCACAAAAAGGCGGAUACUCUGAAGACGAGAUGGAGGAGCUGACGCUGGACGACGGAUUUGACACAGACCGAGGUUUCAGUUUGGAUAUGGACUCACUGCUAAAUGACGACAAACCUCUGUUCUCUAGACUGGGACCAACACAGGGCUUGAGGCAGCAGCCGGUACGAGGCCCAGGAGACCUGAGGCAUGACCUGGAGAGGAGGCGACAGGAGAAACUGGAAGGGGUCAAAGUUACAAUACCUGGGAAUACCAUGACACAGCACCACCUGGGGCCAGUCAGUGAUCCAGAUGUGGUGUACACUGGCAAGAUGUCUCAGAUGGACCAGAGGAGGCGAGAAGGAAACAUGUCUUUUUCUGUUGUCCAGGGACCGAGGAGGGGGGCUUUGAGCAGGGUGAACACAGGCGCCCAGCGCAGGAACAACCGCUUCGAUAAUCGGAAACAGAACUUCCGCAACGGCUCCGCAGGUCCAACUGGUGAUCGGGCUCCCUGAAGGGUUUCCAGAUUCAUCAAACCGGCCGUUCUCGGGCCGACCUACGUCCAUGUUGACGUGUCGAUUGUGAAGAAGUCUCUGCUCUGGCGGUGCUUUUGCAGGCGGAGGAGCAGACUGAAAGAUGCGAAACACUGAUUUGUGCAGUACCUGUUGGUCCUCUGCUUCUUCUCACCUCAUGUUCUCCUUUGAAACCCUUUCAAAAUGUUUUCAUCGUGUUGUGAAAGACUGAGAUCGUGCUCAUGAAGAGAUCGCUGAAGGUCCUCCACCCACGAUG